AUGGAGCUUGAACAGAAUAGUUAUGAAGUUGUUGUUGUGGGAUACAGCAAGAGAGAGAAAGAGAAGAAGCGGGAAGCGAUUGAAAAGCUUGGUAGGCAGAUUCGCAGAUACGCACAGCCAUGGCCUAUGAAGAAUCAUCUUAUUGCAGCAGUAAGUGUUCUGAUAGAUGCUCAGCGGCAGGGGUUAAGGAUAGGUGUGUCAAGUACUGUGGAAUAUGCUGUGCAGAAUGCAAAUGUGUUCCUUCUGGAACGUAUGGGAACAAGCAUGAGUGCCCUUGCUACAGGGACAAGCUCAACAAGAAGGGCAAGCCCAAAUGUCCUUGAUCCAUUCAACUCAUAG